GAAAGCGGCGCCGCCCGCCGGCGGCCGGCGCGGCUGAAGCUGGGCGCCCUCCACCUCUUUCCUUAGGGUCCCCCAAAGAGAGCGGGCAAACACCGUGCAUCCGCGCUACGCCUCUUGGCGCGUCGGUUCCCCAAGUAGGGCCUCCCAUCCCCCAACGCCAGCGCACCUGAGUGGGCUGGGCGCGUCAUCUCCACAAGUCGGCCCUGCAGCGGCGCCCACAUUUGGUGUAGCAUCCCUGUCCCAGUCCCCAGCCCCUGCCCGGUCUUCCCGCCGCCGGAGCGGUGACCGCCUGGCCCGCCGUUCUUCCGCUGCCACCGCUGCCGCCACCAUGGGCAGUGAGCAGAGCUCCGAGGUCGAGAGCCGACCCAACGAUCUGAACUCCUCAGUGACUCCUUCUCCAGCUAAGCAUAGAGCCAAGAUGGACGAUAUCGUGGUUGUAGCUCCAGGCUCCCAGCCCUCACGGAAUGUCAGUAACGAUCCCGAUGUCAUCAAACUGCAAGAGAUUCCGACCUUCCAGCCACUUUUGAAAGGACUAUUGAGUGGCCAGACUUCCCCAACAAAUACCAAACUGGAGAAAUUGGAUUCUCAGCAGGUGUUACAGCUCUGCCUUCGAUAUCAGGACCACCUUCAUCAGUGUGCAGAGGCCGUUGCCUUUGAUCAGAAUGCUUUGGUUAAACGAAUCAAAGAGAUGGAUUUGUCCGUAGAAACUCUCUUUAGCUUCAUGCAAGAGCGCCAGAAAAGAUACGCCAAAUAUGCGGAGCAGAUCCAGAAGGUCAAUGAAAUGUCCGCCAUCCUCCGCCGCAUCCAGAUGGGCAUCGACCAGACCAUGCCCCUGAUGGAGCGGCUCAACAGCAUGCUGCCCGAGAGCGAGAGGCUGGAGCCAUUCAGCAUGAAACCCGACCGAGAGCUCAGGCUGUAGAGCUGCCCGCCCCCUCCUGCCAGGCUGGGC